AUGGCUGACGCAGUAGUUCAACUUCGGUGUGGUGUCAAGAACGACGACUGGGGAAAGAAAGGAAAAGAUUCGAUUGUAGCUCAUCUAUGGUCUAAAACUCCAGGAAAUGAAGGAAUUGAGGAUUCUAAACAUUAUUCAGAAAUGUGGAUGGGCACGUACCCUUCAAAUCCAUCCUAUUUACUUUCCACGGGCGAACACCUCGGGGAGUACCUGAAGAAGCACCCGGAGCUGAUCCUAUCUUUUAGCAAAGCGCUACCCCUACAAAUCCAUCCAGACCUGAAGCUCGCCGCCCAACUGCACAAAGAACAUCCUGAAAAGUUCGGCGACACAAUGCACAAGCCAGAGAUUGCAAUUGCACUCUCAAAAUUCGAGCUCUUCGCCGGCUGGAGACCCCUAAAAGAGAUCCAAGCGCUAUUCGAGUUGAACCACCUGUCAAAAUAUGUCCCUAAAUCAGGACAAUUCAACGACGAGACCCUACGCCAAGUAUGCAAGACUCUACUAAGCGCGCCGGCCAAGGAAGUCGCGCAGACAAUGCAAGACCUGCAAUCUAUCCCCGAAUCCCAAUUCGGCGAACACACCUACAUCCCUAGCCUACUGGCCCGUCUAGCAAAGCAAUACGGCGAAGGCGACAAUGGAAAUCUAGUCGCCGCCCUUCUGAUGAACUACAUGACACUAGGCCCGGGAGACUCCGUCUUUGUUCCCGCAGACAGCAUCCAUGCAUAUCUGGAAGGCGAUAUUGUGGAGUGCAUGGCGCGGUCGGACAACGUCAUCAACACGGGAUUCUGUCCGGCUGCAGACCGCGACAGUGUUGAGUUGUUCGCGCAGGCUCUGACGUUUGAACCUCAUAAUUCAAAGGAUGCGCUGCUGCCGCAUAGAAAGAGUGACAAGGGAUUGAAUGGUAAGACAGAUGUCUAUGCGCCGCCUAUCAGCGAAUUUUCGGUACUGCGUACUACUCUUGGGGCUGGGGAGAAUGAGACGCACAAGGCUAUUCUCGGGCCGAGUUUGUUGAUCGUUACGAAGGGUUGUGGGCAGAUGAAAUUCCCGGGUAAUCAGACUGCUGAAUUAAAGGAGGGUUAUGUUUUCUUUGUGGGGCAGGGCGUUGCGCUGGACUUCGUGACUGACAAGGGCAUGGCUGUUUAUCGGGCAUAUGCGGAGUAA